GAGCUGAAUCAGAACUAGAGCAACCAUGACUGGAACCAGUACCCAUAUAGAAUGCUGGCACACAAGGUUUUUCUCUAUCAACCGGGAUCAGCAGCCUCAGAGCCUGUCAGACCUGCCCCCCCAGGCAGCUGGAGCCACAGACAGCGCCUGGGCCAGAAGCUGGACAGAAAGGUGGCUGCUGCACUCCACCAGGCCCCACAGGGAGAGCCCUGCACAAAGGCUCCUGUGUGCAGCCGCCCAGCUCGGCACCCUGGUGUGCGCGAGAAUCCUGCAUGCCUGCCUGAGAAGGCAGACACUUAGCAAGGAGGUGUGGGCACACCAGAGACCUGGUACGGCCUGAUCCUCUCCCACGUCUGGGAGGGGCCUGAGCCCCAGACACCAGCCGGGCCACUCUGCAGGCGAGGUCAUCUGACCGGCUGCCCACACCCCCUCACCUCACCCAGGCUACACACGGGAGGGAGCUGCCACUUGGCGACAACAACAGCACCUGCUCACCCCUCCCUCACACUUCAAGAUUCACCCACAGACAGCACCAUGGCCAUGAGUGGUGGGCAGCCAGUACCCUCCCUGACCCAGGAGAUCCUUGGCCAUCUGGGCCUUGCCAGCAAGACGGCAGCGUGGGGAACACUGGGCACCCUCAGGACGUGCCUGAACUUCAGCGUGGACAAGGAUGUGCAGCGGCUGCUGAGGGCCAUUGCGGGCCCAGGGGUGGACCGCAGCACCAUUGUGGAUGUGCUGACCAAUCGGAGCAGAGAGCAGAGACAGCUCAUCUCUAGAACCUUCCAAGAACGCACCCAGCAGGAUCUGCUGAAGUCCCUGCAGGCAGCACUCUCCGGAGACCUGGAGAGGCUUGUAGUGGCUCUGCUGCAGCCUGCAGCCCAAGUCGAUGCCCGGGAACUGAAGACAGCCUUGCAGGCCUCCUCAGGUCCUGCUAAGGAUGUGGCCACAGAAAUCCUUGCCACCCGAGCCCCAGCACAGCUGCAAGAGUGCCUGGCAGCCUACAAGCAUGAUUUCCAGGUGGAGGUAGAGGAGGACAUCAAGGGUGAGACCUGCGGCAUGCUGCGGGACCUACUGCUGGCCCUGGCCAAGGGGAGUCGCGAGGGCUACGCUGGGAUUAUUGACUACAACCUGGCCGAACAGGACGUCCAGGCCUUACAGCAGCCCGCAGGACCCUGCUCCGAAGGGACGUGGGUCAUCAUCCUCACCCAGCGGAACCUGGAGCACCUCCGCCGAGUGUUUGAACUUUACCGACAGCGCACCGGACAUGAGCUGGAAGAAGCUGUCCAGACCCGUUUCCAUGGAGACUCCCAGGUGGCCCUGCUAGGCCUGGCCUCGGUGAUCAGGAACACCCCGCUAUAUUUUGCUGAGAGGUUACACCGAGCCUUGCAGGAAUCCGAGCCCAAUUAUCAGGCUCUGAUGCGCAUCCUCGUCUCCCGAAGUGAAACGGACCUGUUGAGCAUCCGUGCAGAGUUCAAGAAGAAAUUUGGGAAGUCCCUGUAUUCUUCCCUGCAGGAUGCUGUGAGGGGCGACUGCCGCUCAGCACUUCUGGCCCUGUGUAGGGCAGAAGACUUGUGAGAACUUGCUGUCCCCAGCUGCACCUGCCAUGUCACCCUGCAAGUGGCGGAGUCCACAGGAGACCAACAGGGCCCUCCUGAGUACCACCCACUCCAGCUUCUUGCUGUGGCUGGAACCCGGCCUUCUCUUGAAAUCUCUCCGUCCGCCUUGUUUCUACCCAGGCCCUCGGGCUCUUUCUUAGCUGUGGGGGUGAUGGGCACCUCUCCUUGCUAUGUCUCUUUCUCAUCCCUCUGCCAGAAACUCUCCCUGGCUCGCACACUCUUUAGGCAAAUAGCGCUGUUGUUUGUGUGCCCUGCUUGAAGUCUGGGUGGAGCAGGACACGGGCCAGGAAGCAGGUUUGGAGUGGAGGCCCCUUUGAUGUGCGUGUUGGAAUCCCCGUUUUGGCCCCAGAGUUGUAGUUAUCCACAGGCUCCCGCCCUGGGGCUCCCUGCAUCCUCAUUAUUCUCUCUUCCCCAGGAAAUUUCAGGCAAAAUAAAAAAGGAGCAGGCAGCAGAACAAGGUCAGAAAUGGUCAAAGAUGACAAGGGACCUGUGUCUGAAGUGGAAGGCAUGCA